GGAGUUGGAGGCGGGGGGUUGCGCUUGGUGACGGGGGACGCGCGGCCGCAGCGCACUGGACCAGCGGCGGAGACCCAGGACGUGGAGAGCUGACUGCGGUGGCAACGGCGGCCGGGAGCCGCUGGGAGCUGGGGCGCAGCGUGCGGUCGGUGAUGAGGGGCUGUGGCGGCGCGCCGGGUUCAGGGCCGGCUGUGUGGUUGCUUCCUGUCUAAUGCUGAAGGAGGCAUCCUGGUGGUCCUCUGACAAGAGUUCACCUCAGCGUUAAGGAAGCAGAUGGCAAUGUCACAGACACAGGAUUAUGAAUGCAGAAGCCACCAUGUUGAUGAGCAGGAGCCCAGAAUCUCAGGGUCAAGCACCAGGUUGGAGUGGGUGGAGAUCAUCGAACCACGCACUCGAGAACGUAUGUAUGCCAACCUGGUCACCGGGGAGUGCGUAUGGGACCCACCAGCAGGCGUGCGCAUCAAGCGUACCAGUGAAGACCAGUGGUGGGAGCUCUUCGACCCAAACACAUCACGCUUCUACUACUACAGCGCCGCCUCACAGCGCACUGUGUGGCAUCGCCCACAGAACUGCGACAUCAUUCCUCUGGCUAAACUGCAGACACUGAAGCAGAACACCGAAUCACCGCGCGCCUCUGCAGACAGCAGCCCGGGAAGAGGCAGCCGAGAAGGCAGCACCGGAUCCUCGCUGGAGCCAGAGCCCGAAGAAAGGGCACAGGAGCUGCCAGUUCGCAGCGGGCGGGCAACCACCUUGGUCACUUCGGAGGAGCGUAGCAGUUGCUCACCGCCAGGUGUGCUCCUGGAGAAAGACUAUGAGGUUUACCGAGACCACAGUGCUGAUGGACAGCUCCUUCACUACAGGACCUCCUCGCUGCGCUGGAACUCUGGUAACAAGGAACGCAUGCUCAUCAAGGUUGCUGACCGUGAACCCAGCUUCCUCGCUCCCCAAGGCAAUAGCUAUCCCUCAGACAGCCAGCCAGGGGAGCAUCACCGCAAACCCUCUGGCAGCCAGCAUUCACCUAGCCUGCAGACCUUUGUCCCUGACACUGAUGGCAAUGUCUUCUUUCCAGAGAGGCGGUCCUCACCUUUCCUAAGGAGGGCUGAUCUCUCUGGAAACUGUUCACCGCUAUUGGUGCAGCCCCGAAAGCCCUCCGGUGACUCACAGCCCUCGUCCCCGCGCUAUGGUUAUGAGCCCCCACUCUAUGAGGAGCCUCCAGUGGAAUACCAAGCCCCCAUUUAUGAUGAGCCCCCCAUGGAUGUACAGUUUGAAGCCAACAGCCCCUACCAGACUGGCUCACCACAGCGGUCACCAGGCCGAAAGCCCCACCCAUUCCUGCAAACUACUAAACAGACCCCAACGUCACCUUGUCAGCAGCUGAUGCGCACCAAGCAGAAGUGCCCAGAGCGCUUUCUGAGCCUGGAAUAUAGUCCUGUGGGCAAGGAGUAUGUACGGCAGCUGGUGUAUGUGGAGCAAGCAGGCUCCAGCCCCAAGCUUAGAGCUGGGCCCAGGCAUAAGUAUGCACCCAACCCAGGUGGUGGCACCUACUCCCUGCAGCCCAGCCCCUGUCUGCUAAGAGACCAGCGCCUGGGGGUCAGGUCUGGAGACUACAGCACAAUGGAAGGGCCUGAAUCACGCCCAAGCCAACCACCCACACUACUGCCCCAAGCCCAGGAGGAUGCCAUGUCCUGGUCCAGUCAGCAGGACACCAUGUCUUCCACAAGCUACUCUCCAGGCACUCGCAAGAGGAAGAACAGAAAGCCCUCUCUGUGCCAAGUCCCUAGCACAUCAUCCACUGACGGUCCUGGGGACCUGCUAGGAGAGCAGCCUUUAACUGAAGAGCAUUCUCUAUGCAGGUCCAGCCUCACCCCAAUAAAGGCCGAGGCAGACCUAGUGCGAGGCACACCUGAGCCCUUCCUGGCACCGGCCCGGCUGGCCUGGGAAGCACAGCAAGCGCACUUCCACAUGAAGCAGAGGAGCAGCUGGGACUCCCAACAAGAUGGCUCAGGGUAUGAGAGUGACGGUGCUGUCCCACUGCCUAUGCCUGGGCCUGUGGUACGAGCGUUCAGUGAGGAUGAGGCAUUAGCACAGCAGGACAGCAAGCACUGGAAGCGGGGCACCUUUGAAAAGCUUGGCUUCCCUCAGAUUCUGCUGGAGAAAAGCAUCUCUGUACAGACCAACCUGGCCUCACCGGAGCCUUACCUCCACCCCUCACAGUCUGAGGACCUUGGUGCCUGUGCGCAGUUUGAGAGCAGCCGGCAGAACCGCAGUGCAGUGCCCAGCUCCAACUGUGUCUUCCCCACGUUCACACUGCGCAAGCCCUCCUCGGAGACUGACAUCGAGAACUGGGCCUCCAAGCACUUCAACAAGCACACCCAGGGUCUCUUCCGGCGAAAGGUGUCCAUAGCCAACAUGUUGGCCUGGAGUAGCGAAUCAAUCAAGAAGCCCAUGAUUGUGACCAGUGACCGGCACGUGAAGAAAGAGGCCUGUGAGAUCUUCAAGCUGAUCCAAAUGUACAUGGGUGACAGACGGGCCAAGGCAGACCCACUGCACGUGGCCCUGGAGAUUGCCACCAAAGGCUGGAGUGCACAGGGCCUACGAGAUGAGCUAUAUAUCCAGCUAUGCCGACAAACCACAGAGAACUUCCGCCUGGAGAGCCUGGCCCGUGGCUGGGAGCUCAUGGCCAUCUGCCUGGCCUUCUUCCCACCUACCCCCAAGUUCCACUCCUACCUAGAGGGCUAUAUCUACCGGCAUAUGGACCCCGUUAAUGACACCAAAGUGACACAGCACAUAAAAGAGCUUCUGGAGAGGAACAGUAAGAAGAAGUCCAAACUGAGAAAGAAACCCAAGCCUUAUGUUGAAGAGCCAGAUGGGGUGGCAAUAAGCACCUAUGCGAAGUACUGUUACCACAAACUGCAGAAGGCAGCCCUGACUGGGGCCAAGAAGGGCCUAAAGAAACCUAAUGUGGAGGAAAUACGACAUGCCAAGAAUGCGGUGUUCAGCCCAUCCAUGUUUGGUAGUGCACUGCAGGAGGUGAUGAGCAUGCAGAAAGAGCGCUAUCCUGACAGGCAGCUGCCCUGGGUUCAGACACGGCUCUCCGAGGAGGUGCUAGCUCUCAAUGGUGACCAGACAGAGGGCAUCUUCAGGGUCCCUGGUGACAUUGAUGAGGUGAAUGCCCUGAAGUUGCAAGUGGAUCAGUGGAAGGUGCCUACAGGCCUGGAGGACCCCCACGUCCCUGCAUCGCUGCUGAAGCUGUGGUAUCGGGAGUUGGAGGAGCCCUUGAUUCCUCACGAAUUCUAUGAACAGUGCAUCGCGCACUACGAGAGCCCGGAAGCUGCAGUGGCCGUGGUGCAUGCGCUGCCGCGCAUCAACCGUAUGGUGCUGUGCUACCUCAUUCGCUUUCUCCAGGUGUUUGUGCAGCCAGCCAAUGUAGCCAUCACCAAAAUGGACGUCAGCAACCUGGCCAUGGUGAUGGCACCCAACUGCCUGCGCUGCCAGUCGGAUGACCCGCGUGUCAUCUUUGAGAAUACACGAAAGGAGAUGUCUUUUCUGCGAGUGCUCAUUCAGCAUCUAGACACCAGCUUCAUGGAAGGCGUACUAUAGCACUCUACGGACACUGGCUAGGGUGACACCCAGGGAGGUGGGAGGGAAGACCCGAGAGCGAGGCAGCAUGCCAAGCCCCGCCAUACGCCCGCCCUGCCCCGCCCCAGAUCCUCCCGGGCAAAGCAGCCGCGCCAUUAUCUCGCGGCCAGUUCCUGCAGGCACCAGCCCGCCCUGCCAGUCGCAGGCCAGCCCGGAGAAGUGCCUUCUGUUUGCCAGAGCCGAGCGACACUGCCCUCCUGGUCGGCCGAAGCACAUGCCGCGUUGCUCAGGGCAACACGACCUCGUCCCCUCUCCAGGGCAGACUGCCACCUAUGCACUCUUGCCCUAGUCUAGGGGCCUCUGGCAGGAGCCUGAAAGAGACUUAGAGGCACGAGAGAGCUGUGCUGGCCACCAUUAGGACACGGUGCGUGGGCCCAAUUCCUAAUAGGUCUUUGUGCAAGGGGAGGCCCCACACCAAAGCCUUCUGGGGUGGGGCCGGGGAUAAUCAGGCG